AUGGCCCCAGAAGCGCUGUCUGCCGGGCGCUUGCAGGGGGCCUUUGUUCAAGUACUGGACAGCAUCGCCGUUCGCGAAGGCGAGCUCGUCGGAAGUAAGGAGCUUGCCUUGCUCCAGAAGGGGGGCUUCUGCAAGGUUCUGAGGGUCGGAGCAGCACACGGCGCUGGAUUUCGGCUUCAAGUUCAAGUGUUACAAGGUGCACACGCCCUGGGAUGGAUCUCCAGCUCCACGAAGACGGGGCGACCUUUAGUGGAGAUCUGCACAUUGGCAGAGCUCCGGGCGGCUGGCGUAAGCCCAGUCGUGAACACUGCAGUUGAAGAGAAGAUGCCCUCCCUGGACCAGCUUCUGAAAAGCCUGGAUCGCGACGAGGUUCCAAGAGCGCCAGUACGACGGCCGGCGAAGGAGGUAGAGGAGGAGCCUGAAGAUCCUGAGGAGGUGUGGAGAUCUUUCACGAACUUAGCCCGUUCGAAGAAGGAAGCUCACAGCGAAGCGACUCCCAAGGCGCCUGACCCUUAUCCGGCCUUCAUGUACAUACAGGAACCCUCCCCCGAGUACCGGACAGAGGUACAUGAGAGGCGGCUGCGCCUCAUGGCCCAAGAGAAAGCCCGCCGCAAGGCCCGAAACCGUGGCUUUGCCGCGCCAGAAGAGCCCAUCCUACCUCAGCCAAACGUACCGAGAUCGCAGCGAUCGCAGCCAUCGUCGGCGCCCAUGCCAGAUAUGCCAGAGCCAGUGCCAGAAUACGUUGCGCCAGAACAGACGGAGCGCUUUGCAGAAGCGACCUUCGCCGCGCGAGUGGCUCGCGUGGCCCGCGAGAACCCAAACAUGAUCGGUCAGCGGCAGUCGCACACUCAAGAUGUUCCGAGCUACAGCAGACCAGCUGGGAGCAACGAUGACUUUACCGGCACCUGGAUGGAUGCUACUGGCAUCGACUUCGUGCUGGAGCAGAGCGGCUCCAUUGUGAUGGAGCGGACUGCAGAUGGGGGGUCCAGCUGCGGAAUGGCCGUGCGCAACGAAUUGACGAUGUAUGGCCGAGUCGGCACUCUGGCUGAUGACCUCAUCAGGUGGUCUGACGGCUCCGUCUGGGCACGAUGCGACAUUGAUGUCCCAGAAGAGCUGCCCACACGACCGGCGGCACGUGCUUCGGAGGGCUUCGCAGCAGCCGCCGAACUCGGAGCCAAACCAUGGAAGAAGCGUGGUUACGAUCACCGGUUACCGCCUGACCUGGCGAACUUGGUGACUCCCGGGCCAGGUGCAGAAGAGGAAGGCCGCUUCGUCGGUGGUCGCGGCCGCACAGCCGGCCGUGCAGAUCAUGAAGGGGAACAGCGACUCUGGUUUGCGCCAUGGAUGGGGCAGGGGCUGUAG